AUGGCUCGCUUCACCCCGCUCCUCCUUGUUCUUCUGGCUCUCGUGCCGCUUUACUACUCUCUGGACUGCAGGUUUGUGCUGGAUUUUUUCAUGUGGGAAGAGACUGUUUUUUAGAAAGUUCUCGUUCGCCCCGGCUUGCCGUGGAAUCAUGCUCAAACGAUCCGGAGCUCAUGCAAUCCUCGACCAGGCUCCACCAAUGCUGGAUGAGGCUGUAAGGGAUUAUUUCAGAGAUAUUAGUAGUUGAUUUGGUUUGUUCAGAAGGCCAGAGAACUCCACAUGAUGGAGCUGCUCAUCCGAGCUAUCGAAGACGACGCGCUGAUCGCCAAUUCAGACUGCGUGAGCAUGUCUUGGCUCCGCGACCGUCUCGUCAACGCUAAGAACGGUACGUGGCCCGAUAGUUUCAACCUGAAAACUAGUUCCAGUUUUCCAGAUGCCGCCUUGAACUGA